ACUUCUAUCAGAACAACAUUGGUAGAAAACGCAAAAGUCAAUUUAUUAACUAGUGUCGAACAAUUGUAUUUGUUUUGUCAUAUAUAUAGCAAAAGACUAUGUCUCUCGAAGAAGAAAAAAAAACAAAAGAAUUACCUACCGUCUCAAAAAAAGAUAGUGUUACAAAUGAUAAAGAAUCGGAGACAAAGCCUUUAGAUGAUACAGAUAUUGCUAUUUUGAAAUCUUACGGUCUAGCGGCCUAUGGUGUGGAAUGUAAACUUGUUGACAAAGAAAUAGACGAGCUUUUACAAAAAGUGAAUCGUUUGUGCGGUGUCAGAGAAUCUGAUACGGGUCUUGCACCUCCUAGUCAAUGGGAUCUUGCAGCUGAUAAACUAGCCUUACAAGACUUUCAACCUUUACAAGUUGCUCGCUGCACGAAAAUUAUAAAUCCUGAUACUGAAGAUACACAGUAUAUAAUUAAUAUCAAACAAUUAGCUAAAUUUGUUGUUGGAUUAGGUAAUAAAGUUGCCCCAACGGACGUUGAAGAAGGAAUGCGAGUCGGUGUGGAUCGACAAAAAUACCGAAUUCAAAUGCCUUUACCUCCAAGAAUUGAUUCAACAGUCACAAUGAUGACAGUAGAGGAAAAACCGGAUGUCACAUAUAAUGAUAUUGGUGGUUGUAGAGAUCAACUUGAAAAGUUACGAGAAGUUGUUGAAUUACCUUUACUCCAACCUGAAAGAUUUGUUAAUUUGGGUAUUGAUCCUCCAAAGGGUAUUCUUCUCUAUGGUCCACCUGGAACAGGCAAAACGUUAACAGCUCGAGCUGUAGCAAACCGUACUGAUGCAUGCUUUAUUUGUGUGAUUGGUUCGGAACUUGUACAAAAAUAUGUUGGUGAAGGAGCGCGUAUGGUACGAGAACUGUUUCAACUCGCUCGGUCUAAAAAAGCUUGUGUUCUUUUUAUUGAUGAAGUCGACGCUAUAGGAGGAGCAAGAGGAGACGAAGGAGCUCACGGGGAUAAUGAGGUUCAAAGAACAAUGCUUGAAAUCGUGAAUCAAUUAGAUGGUUUUGAUUCCAGGGGUAACAUUAAAGUUUUAAUGGCUACAAACAGACCUGAUACUCUUGAUACUGCUUUAACGCGUCCUGGACGUCUUGAUAGAAAAAUUGAGUUUGGACUUCCUGAUUUAGAAGGCAGAACAAACAUAUUUCGUAUUCAUGCAAAAACAAUUAACAUGGAAGGUGGUAUACGAUUUGAACUGCUUGCCCGUUUGUGUCCGAAUUGCACUGGUGCUGAUAUCAGAAGUGUUUGUACUGAAGCUGGUAUGUAUGCUAUAAGAGCUCGACGAAAGAGUGUCUCUGAAAAAGAUCUUGUUGAUGCCAUUAUUAAAGUUGUUAAAGGAUACAAGAAGUUUUCAGCUACCCCAAAAUAUAUGGUUUAUAAUUAAUGUUUUAUUUUUUUAUAAGAGGAAAAAAAAAAAAAAAUUGUUACGUGCAUCCACGACUCCUAGUAACUAAUGAAAAGUAUCAGGUCUACUUUGAUUA